AUUGUGAAAUACGGAAAAUCAGGCAACGACAUGAAUGACAGAAGUCAUUGUUUGCGCGCCAAUCGUACUGUAAGUGCGUUUCUAUUUUGUUCUCCUUUUUUGGCGUACCAGUCCUUGUUUGUGGAAAGAAUCGUGUAUAUUUCGUGCUAAAACCUGAAUUAUUCUGUGUAUAUCGAGUAAUUAAAUUGAAUUAACGUAAAGUCAUUGUUUUCCUGUUGGUUAUUUAUCGUAAAAUUUCAAACAAAGCAAAAUGAGCACGCCACAACUAACCACUGGCUGCUUACAGCAAAUAAUGACUGGCGAUGUGUACGAAGGAGAGCCAAUUUUGCAAGUGCUCGGUUCAAAGCGUAUUGCAGGUGGCAACGCUGAACGAUACCGUCUUUUACUCUCCGAUGGCCAGUAUUUGCAAAGUUUUUCCAUGCUUUCAACACAAUUGAAUCAUUUGGUUAACGAAGGACAAUUGGUAGAAUUCACAAUCAUCAGAGUGAAUCAACACAUCACGUCUGUGGUGAACAAGAACGAAAAUGAUGAAAGUCGCCGUGUUCUGAUAAUUGUUGCAUUGGAAGUUUUGAAAAAUGGCGCAGAAGUGGGUGAAAAAAUUGGCGAACCGGUUAAUUUGUCCGAGCUUAAGGCAAAACCGGCUACGGCUGCUGCUGCAGCACCCGAGCCACAACGAAACGUUAUAAAUACAAACUCGAAUGCAUUGCCUCCGCCACGCACACAACGGCCAAAUAUGAAUGAAUCGGUGGCGUUCGAUGGCCGUGCAACGAUUCCAAUCAGCGGAUUGAGCCCAUACCAGAACAAAUGGGUGAUUAAGGCUCGAGUCACAGCUAAGCCACCGAUUCGUCAUUGGAGCAAUGCGAAAGGUGAAGGAAAGCUCUUCAGCAUGGAUUUGAUGGACGAAAGCGGACAGAUUCGUGUCACAGCGUUCCGUGAUCAAGUCGACAAGUUCUAUGAUAUGAUUGAGGUGGACAAAGUCUACUAUAUCUCGAAGGGACAGCUGAAGCCAGCCAACAAAACCUAUUCCAACAUACCAAACGACUACGAGAUGACGCUCAGUAACGAUACUGUGAUUCAAGAAUGCAUAGAAGACCUUGACGAUGUCCCAACGGUGAAAUACGAUUUCAUCCCAAUCAACGAGAUUGCGGAUAAGCCAGCCAACACGGUUGUCGAUAUAAUUGGUGUUUGUCGCGACGUUGGUGAUCUCGUUGCAUUCACAGCUAAAUCAACUGGAAAAGAGUUGAAGAAACGUGAAAUUACAUUGGUUGAUAACUCCGAUGCAUCGGUGAGUCUGACAUUAUGGAAUGCAGAUGCCGAGAAUUUCAACGAUUGUGGCCAACCCGUUCUAUUGGUUAAAGGCGGCCGUAUCGGUGAAUUCAAUGGUGGAAAAUCGAUUUCAUCGAUCGGCAGCACUGUAUUGAAGAAGAACCCCGACUUGAAGGAAGGUCAUUAUCUACGUGGAUGGUUCGAUAAUGGUGGUGGACGAGAGAUUCGAAACAGCAUUUCAGCACAAAGUGGCGGCGGUGGUGGUAACUACGCUGCCGAAUGGUUAACAUUCCACGAGGCCAAAUUGAAGAAUCUCGGCAAUGGCGACAAACCGGAUUACUUCCAAAUCAAGGGCACUGUCAGCUUGAUUCGAAACACAAACAUAGUCUAUAAGGCUUGUUCACAAGAUCAGUGCAAGAAGAAGGUCGUUGACAUGCAAAACGGCCAAUAUCGAUGCGAAACUUGCAACGUUGAAUCCGCCAACUUCAAGUAUCGCAUGAUUGUCAACAUGAGCAUUGCCGAUUGGACAUCUAACCGUUGGGCAACAGUAUUUACAGACGAUGCUGAAAAGAUGCUUGGCAAAACAUCCGAUGAAAUUGGUCACUUGGUCGAUAAUGAUCCAGAAACGUUGAAUACGUUCCUUCAGUCACAACAUUUUCGACCAUUUAUGUUCAAGUUGCGCUCAAAAGUGGAAACAUACGGUGACAAUCAGCGCAACAAGAUUUCAGUUCAAUCCGCCGCUCCACUCAACUACAAGGAAUAUAAUGACUACUUGAUUAACAACAUUCAGCGGCUAACUGGUGUUGGAAAACAUUGAAUUUCCUACUUAAGCUGCACCUAAUCAUCAGCUGAUAUGAUAAGCAGAUAGCGAAGCUAGCUUUAAAAGCAUUUGUAUGAAAAAAUCGAACGCGUUCGUCAUUGUUAUUCAUUUUUUUUUCUUUUUUUUUCAUAAUAAUAAAACACAUUCGUGUAUAAGCAAAAAAAAAAUCAUUUAUUAUCUACGAUUUUUGAAAGCAUUCCCAUUUGAAAUGGAAUAAAAACAGUGAAUAUUUGUCACAAAGCAA